AAAACAACCCCUCAUAUAGACCAUUAAUUACGAUACGCCACUAGGGUUUUAAUUCGCUCCAUAUAUAUACUUCCUUCUUCUCCAUUUUUCUGCCACUUCGCCUCCUUCGUCCAAACCCUAGUAAAGUGUUAGUGAGAAAAAAAGGUGAACGAAAAUGGUGGAGAAAACUAAAGGAAGAAAAGAGGAAGUUGUUUCCAGGGAGUACACCAUUAAUCUCCACAAGCGUUUACAUGGAUGCACAUUCAAGAAGAAGGCCCCUACGGCCAUCAAGGAGAUUAGGAAGUUUGCACAGAAGGCUAUGGGCACAAAGGAUGUCAGGGUUGAUGUGAAGCUCAACAAGCAAAUCUGGAGCAGGGGCAUCCGAAGUGUUCCAAGGCGUGUCAGAGUUCGUAUUGCUCGCAAGAGAAACGACGACGAGGACGCAAAGGAGGAGCUCUACUCUCUCGUCACAGUUGCAGAGAUCCCACCCGAGGGAUUAAAGGGUCUCGGUACCAAGGUCAUCGAGGAUGAUGAGUAAACUCUCAUUUUUAGCUAAGAAUGAUACUUCUAGUGCUUUUUGUGAUCCAAUUUAGUGCUGUGAGACUGCUCAGUUUUGUUUAUGAUACUAAACCAUUUUCGUAUUUCAGAGUUCUCUUUAAGAUUUUAUGCUAUUCAUGUUCUAAGUUUCGCCGAA